AUGUGGAAAACACUCAGAAUGGAGGGCAAACUCCCAUGUCUCCUCCUGCUGGUCGGAGCAAUCAUGACUACUCCAUGCCCGGGCUUACGCAUACGUUUCAAACGGGGAGCCAGAUCUAGAGCCAUUUGCACAGACAAUUCAUCUGGAGAAAUUUACCCGCACAGGGAGACCUGGCUGAGGCUCUCAGGGAGCAGAAUAGAAUACUGUAGGUGCGACAGUGGUCGGAGUCGCUGCCACACUGUGCCUGUCAGAGCCUGCACUAGAAAUAAAUGCUACAAUGGGGGCCAGUGUUCACAGGCAUAUUAUUCCCCACAGCUCUUCAUCUGCCAGUGCCACCAAGGUUUCUCUGGGAAGCAGUGUGAAAUAGAUACUGAAGUUAAGUGCUACAAAGAUGCUGGAGUAACAUACAGGGGUAUAUGGAGCAUGACAGAGAGCGGAACUGAAUGUUUAAAUUGGAAUAGCAAUGGCUUGGUGGGCCGGAUGUACAGCGGCCAAAGAGAGGAUGCUGCUGAGCUGGGAUUGGGCAAUCAUAAUUAUUGCAGAAACCCAGAUGAAGAUUCCAGACCUUGGUGCUAUAUCUAUAAAGGGGGAAAGUACAUCUGGGAACACUGCAGUGUGCCCUCCUGUUCAAAAGCUGGGAAUAUCAACUGCAAAUCUGGAAGAGGCACAGAUUACCGAGGCAGCCACAGUGUUACCAGUUCUGGAGCUACCUGUUUGAGGUGGAAUUCUCGAAUCCUUAUCAACAAGUUAUAUACUUCUUGGAGAAGAGAUGCUUACCAGCUGGGCCUUGGUAGUCACAAUUUCUGCCGGAAUCCUGACAAUGACAGCAAGCCCUGGUGCCAUGUACUGAAAGGAAAUCAGCUCACAUGGGAGUACUGCACUGUGCCCACUUGCUCCACCUGUGGUUUACGGCAGCGCAGUGUACACCAGUACAGGAUCAAAGGUGGCUCCUAUGCAGACAUUGCAGCUCACCCAUGGCAAGCUGCCAUCUUUGUGAAGUAUCGCCGAGCACCCGGAGAGCACUUCCUCUGUGGAGGAAUUCUGAUCAGUUCCUGCUGGGUUUUGUCAGCUGCUCACUGUUUUGAGGAAGGCUUUAGUACAAAUCAGCUGAAGAUUGUGCUGGGUAGGACUUCACGAGCAACUCCUGAGGAAAAUGAACAAAACUUUCAAGUGAAGAACUACAUUGUGCAUCAGAAAUUUGACUCAGAAAAUUUCAACAAUGAUAUCGCUCUGUUGCAGUUGAACUCAGAUGCAGAAAACUGUGCUAUUGAAACAGACACUGUCCGUGCUGCCUGCCUCCCAACACCAGAACUGCAGCUGCCUGACUGGACUGAAUGUGAGAUCUCUGGUUAUGGCAGAAAUGAAGAAUUUUCUCCGUUCUAUUCAGAGCACCUGAAAGAAGGCCAUGUCAGACUGUUUCCAGCCAGUCGGUGCACAGCACAGCAUCUAGACAACCGGACAGUUACAGACAACAUGUUAUGUGCAGGAGACACAAGGCACCUUGAUGAUGCCUGCAAGGGUGACUCUGGAGGGCCUCUGGUCUGUAUGAAGGAUGAUCGUAUGUAUCUAAUUGGAAUCAUCAGCUGGGGAAUAGGCUGUGGCCGCAAAGACAUACCUGGCGUUUAUACAAAUGUGAAUCGUUAUCUUCACUGGAUUCAGGACAACAUGAAACCCUGAGAAAGA